AACAAGUUUUGUCAAUAAAAGAAAAUUUUUAUUUAUCACAAUAAAUUCGACAAAUUCGACUCCAAAAAAAUUAUUAAAAUGUGUGAUAAAUUUUGUGACCAAUAUGAAACUUUCAAUCCUGAAAAAGAAUAUCAGAAAUUUUUGAAAUCAAAGCCAAUAGUCAAUACCGCAAAACUAUAUGAAAACCUUCAUGUUUCUGAACGAAUGAAAUGUCCUUAUUUAUUCAAAGGCUAUGGAAUUGAGUUGGAUGAAAAUCCAAUGUAUCGAACAGUUAAUUCAGAAUAUGGCUACUAUUCACCAAAUGCCUACACAAUUCCAGCUCGAAACUUUCCACUAUCUCAGAAGUUUUCGAAUGAUAUUUCGAGAUAUGGAAUGUAUAGGAAUUUUUCACUCAAUACUCAAAUGGAUAAAAAUGUUUGCUGA